AUGCUGGCCCAACGACCGCAGCGCAUGAGCGGGCUGCGAAUGGACAGAACAGGCAGCGAAUCGGAGUUGAGCGACGUGGUCUCCUACGUAGCCGUCUCUGAGAACGAACCUGUGCAGGAAUUUGUUCACGAUGCCGAGCACUUCGCCAAAGCCCUCGACAUUCUCUCUGUUCCCCGAGACACUGCAGCCGGAAGACGGGAACAGGUCUUCCGACUCGUCGAUAUUUAUUACCACUAUGCCGCCGACAAAGUUGAUGAAAAACUGCGCGAGUCACAGAGACAAAACUUGAGCACCGCUCUGCGCCGCCUAGACGAUGCUUCUAGCCAGGAUUCCAUGGAUCUCGACGAAGCAGAUAACGGGGCGGCUUCACCUGCCUCGGCUGAGAGUCUACAGCAUUGGGAACAGGAAGCACAGACAUGGGAUAUGCUGAAUCGCCUACUACCGUUGCGCUAUGCGAACCGAAAUACCAUCAAGCCUGCUCGUCGCGAAAUCUCUAGAUUCCAGUCAUGCGUUGAGCUCUGGGACGAGUUUUUGCAAUCGGAUUCGACUGCGCAGGAGCGCAAAGCUAUACUUGAAUGUCUACAGACCAGCGCAGAUGACGCCCGCACCGACAUCGAUGAGCUGGUACGGGAGUACCAACAGCGGGCGGAGCGCGGUGAUAUUAUUGCCUAUGGAUGGCUACAUACACGAUCUGCCAUCAAAAUGCAGAAGAACUUGAACGGCUGGUCUGGGGCUCUAGACCCAAACAGCUCCGACGCCGGUCAGAUGCUUGUAGAUGCAAACGGAUCGAACCCUCUUGUCACGCAGCUCGACCCCGACGUAGCAACAAGACAAGGUCGAAAGCUUCAGCCGCAAGAUGAGUACUUCGAGCGGGCCAUCUGGAUUGGCUGCUACGAAUCGCUGCGGCGAGGCAGGAGCCCGGCCGAGAUUCGAGAUUGGUGCGUUGAGAGAACUGAGGUUUGGAGAGCGGUCAGCAUGUCGGCCAUGCCCUUGUCCAGGAAUGAAACCAUGUCCAAGGAUGAAAGAGCACAAGCGGCGUGUGAUCCGCUGUCGACCCUCCUUUGGCGCCGCACCUGCUUUGCCCUAGCACGUCAGGGAGGCACCGACGACUUCGAGCGUGCGGUCUAUGGCAUCCUCUCAGGCGAUAUCCCAAGUGUAGAAAAGGUCUGCGAGGAUUGGGACGACUUUGUCUUUACUCACUAUAAUGCUCUGUUGCGAACCCAGUUCGACGCAUACUUGAUGAAGCGGACUUCGCCAGAUGCCACCGCCGCCAUCCAGCAGUCAUUUGGCGCAUUCAAUGCGCUCCAAUUUCAUGGAGACGGCUCUUCGGUGGGGGAACGUCUUGUCAGUUCUCUAGAAUCGAACCCGAAAACCUCUGCGGAAGCGAAGACGCCUAUGAAGGCUCUUCAAGCAGCUAUCAUCUCCAACAGCGUCGGCCAAUACAUAGAGGAGCUUGGCGGUGUGCUCGGAAAACGGGCAAAUCAGAAAGCAGAGUCCGCCUUAAUACCCAAUGUCGACGAUGCCAACCUUGACGCCAACAACACCAAAUAUUUCCAACUGGACGAUCACAAGGGUUUGCGUGUGGCCGUUCAUGCGUAUCUGCUCAUUUCAAUUCUCGAUGAGCUUCAGGGUAACGGACUUGCCGACUCCAAGCGGCGACGGAAGGCACAAGAGAAUGUCAUUUCCACCUACGUCAGCACACUGCGGUUGAUGAGGAUGACUGAUCUGAUGCCAUUGUACUGUUCCAAACUGCAGGGUGAUCGAUCCUUCUUCACACUCAGUCGGAACGUCAGCGGUGUAGUUGAGCAACAUGAACGAGAGAUACUGCUGAGGAUCAUGGAGAAGCUUGGAAUGGAUAUCGCCAAAUUCGUCGUGUUUCAGCCACGGUCCCUUUUGCAACAGUACCCAAGUGUCGAGGAUCGUCCUCCGGCAUUUGGUGGAUUCACCCUCCUCUCCAAUGAUCCGCCCAAUCUGAAGACAGGCCGCCCUCUCAAACCGGACUUCUUUGGAGAGGAACCAGAAAAGCUAGAUCCCGUGGAUGAGGCCUUGAUACAGUCUCUCGAAUGGUUCUUGCUGGUUGAUGGGCUAUGGAUUGAAUUCUUUCAAGCCGGCAUUUCUAUCUACAAACGGUUCCUCAAGCAAUUCAAUCUUCAUGCUGCUCGGGCAUUGUCCGAACGGAUUCACUGCUCGGAGAUCUUUAGGAGAAAAGCCGGCAUCGCCAUCCCCGACGAUGCAGACAUUUCAUGGUUUGACGAAGUCCGCUCAGGUGUGGCUAGCGGCUCCUUUGAGGAUAACGGCCUCGGGCUGGGCGAAACAGCUGCAGCGAAGAACUACUUCGAGCUGGAAUGCCUAGUGCGGGCCCUAGACUCGAUGGAAACAAUUGCCUCGAGUCAAUCCUUGGCCCAUGAUCCUACCGAAAAAAUGAAUAGAGAGUUCUGGAGUCACGUCGGGAGCGAAGUGAAGCUGGUCAGAAGCUGCAUGCGACCCCUCCUACACAACUGGCUCCUGGAGAGCAUAGAAGAGGACGAAGACUUCGUCUACCUGCGUGACGCAUACCUUCCUGAGACCAUCAUCGGAUAUGUCUGCGUUCUACACUUUGCUGGAACGAGCUUGUCACGAGAAAACCUGCUCGAAUGCAUGGAGCUUGCGUCGAUUGUUGCGAAGAAAGAUGCAGACGUGGCUCCGGUGUUGAUGAAGUCGGGUCGUAUGAAGGAACUCAUCCAGGGCUUUGCCAACUGCAGCAAAGCACUCGCUAUUAGUGGUAGUGACAAGAAGGGCUCCGGCGGCAGCAGCAAGAAGAUGCGAGAGCUCGGGUGGACGCGAGAGUUGUGGUCCGUCAAGAGAUGA